UCCCACCCAAGCUUCCUCCUACACUUACAGCUAAUCCCUUGCACUUGAUCUGAAGAAAGGAUGGAAGAAAUCCUCUCCAUUUUUCUGAUAAUAUCAGCAUCUCUGCUUCUCUCAUGUGGUGUGAGAGUAGUUUACUUCAUUUGGUGGAGACCCAUGAAACUCCAGAAACAUCUCAACCAGCAAGGAAUCAAAGGCAACUCCUACAAGCUUUUCUUUGGUGACAUGAAAGAGAUGGGCAGGUUGAUGAAGGAGGCAUGGUCGAAACCCAUGAAUCUAACUCACUGGAUAGCGCCACGUGUCUUCCCUUACUUCUAUCACUUGGUGCAAAAAGAAGGCAAGUUAUCUCUUAUUUGGGUCGGGACGACCCCUCGACUGAUCAUCAACGAUUCGGAGCUCAUGAUGCAAGUCCUAUCAAACAAAUUCGGUCAUUUCCAGAAGGUUCCUCUCAACCCUCUCGUAAAUCUGUUGACCUUGGGACUCACAGCUUUGGAAGGAGAGGAAUGGGUCAAGCGCAGAAGGAUAAUCACUCCUGCUUUUCACCUUGAGAAAUUGAAGGCGAUGAUACCGGCAUUUUCUACCAGUUGCAGCGAGUUGAUCCAGCGAUGGGGGGAGUUGGUUGGUCCCGAAGGAUCAUGUGAACUGGAUGUCUGGCCUGAACUCCAAAAUCUAACUGGAGAUGUCAUCUCUCGCACAGCCUUUGGCAGCAACUAUGAAGAAGGAAAGAGAAUCUUCGAACUUCAGAAAGAGCAGGUUGUACUGGUGCUUGAAGCUGCUUUUGCUCCAUACAUCCCAGGUUUAAGAUUUGUUCCCACGAAAAAGAACAGGCGUAGAAUGUAUUUGGACAAGGAGAUCAAAGCUAUAUUAAGAAAUCUGAUCCACAAGAAAGAGCAGGCAAUGAAAAUGGGAGAAUCAAGCACCAAUGACUUGCUAGGCUUGUUGCUAUUGCAAUCUAAUAACUGUAAUGGUGUCCUAGAACCAGGGACAAACUCAGAGAACAAUGCCCUGACGAUUGAUGAUGUGAUAGAGGAAUGCAAAUUGUUCUACUUCGCUGGCCAGGAGACAACCUCGGUAUGGCUAACAUGGACGAUGAUCUUAUUAGCUAUGUAUCCAAGCUGGCAAGAGCGGGCAAGAGAAGAGGUUCUGCAAAUAUGUGGGAAAAAUACACCUGAUUUCGAUGGUACAAGCCACUUCAAGAUUGUGACCAUGAUCUUGUACGAAGUUCUAAGGUUAUACCCAUCUGUGGCUGCCAUAUUUCGACAUACUUAUAAGAAGGUGGAUUUAGGAGGGAUCUCCAUCCCACAAGGCGUCGACCUCAUGCUACCAACACUCCUCAUCCAUCAUGACCCUGAACUUUGGGGAGAAGACCACGAAGAAUUCAAACCGGAGAGAUUCUCAGGUGGAGUUUCAAAGGCCUCAAAGGAUCAAACCGCCUUCUUUCCAUUUGGAUGGGGCCCAAGGAUCUGUAUUGGCCAGAACUUUGCAAUGAUAGAAGCGAGGAUGGCACUUGCUAUGAUUCUACAGAACUUCUCUUUCAGCCUCUCACCCUCUUAUACCCAUGCUCCUUACACUCUCAUAAGUCUCCAACCACAAUAUGGAGCCCAAGUCAUCCUACACCGAAUUUGAAACCGUCAUCAUCCUUAUGAUCAUGUUAUUGUUGCAAUCAUGUCCAUGCUGUCUUUAUCCUUACUGUUCUUGUUCUCAAGUGUUGUUUUCCUUUUAAUCGUUCUGUUAUGGUUGUAACUGGGAGCUUUUGUUCUGGACUGCCACGCAUGCCUGUGCAUCAUGAUCAACAAAAAUACAUAUUCUAGCUACUUUUGUCUAGGCAUGCCAGACAGUAAGUUUGCACAUUGUAUUAUAUAGAACAUGGUUUGUUGUUGUCACAUAUGGUUGGAGUUUUGUGCAAUGAUCUUUGAUCUUCUUCAAUAAAGAAUUGGAUGUCUUACCACGUUUGUAGUA